GGCGCCUAUAAACACGGCCCCCCGGCCCAAGGUUUCCUCGUCUCACACAGCAUCUCAUCCAGCACCAGCAACCAGCAGUGCUUCUCUACAAAACUUGAACUCGAAUCCAGCUGAACAAUUUCUUGGGGCUUCGAGAGAGAGAUCGAGCAGGAUGGGCAUCGUGGACGUGGUGUCGGAGUACUGCUCGCUGCCGCGGAGUCGGCGGCACAUGAAGAGGCGGAAGCAGUUCCAGACGGUGGAGAUGAAGGUCCGGAUCGACUGCGAGGGCUGCGAGCGCAAGGUCAAGAAGGCCCUCGACGACAUGAAAGGCGUGAGCUCGGUGGAGGUGAUCCCGAAGCAGAACAAGGUGACGGUGACGGGGUACGUGGACCCGGCCAAGGUGAUGCGGCGGGUGGCAUACAAGACCGGCAAGCGGGUGGAGCCGUGGCCCUACGUGCCGUACGACGUGGUGGCGCACCCCUACGCGCCGGGGGCCUACGACAAGCGCGCCCCCGCCGGCUACGUCCGCAACGUCAUGAGCGACCCCUCCGCCGCGCCGCUCGCCCGGGCCUCCUCCACCGAGGCCAGGUACACCGCCGCAUUCAGCGACGAGAACCCCAACGCAUGCUCCGUCAUGUAGUAGUAGUAAUGUUUGUUUGUAAGAGAGACCUUCUCUAGCUUCCCCGCUCUGCUCUGCUCAUCCAUGGCGGCGUUGUGUUGGGAUCUCUAGAUGGUCGCUGUUGGUGUUCUCUUGUACUUUUGAAACUAGGCUAGAAGAUGAAGAUGGGUCUGUAUUCUUGCUUCGGUUUGGUUUAUGUAAGAUAUGUUGGAUUUGGUGAGGAGGAAGCUCCAUCAAUCUUGUUGUUUAUGCGCAAAAUGUUCCCAAUCA